CACUGGAAUAAGUUGUCUGGGGAGCUUGUGCAGUGUCUAUCCUUGAAGUUAUUCGAAAACUGACUGGAAAAGGCCCUACGUAACUUAACCUGUUUAAUUUGACUCCGCUUUGAGGGACUAGAUGAUCUCCGGAAGUCCUUUUGAACUUUAGCUAUUCUAUAUGGUACUCUUCAAUAAUAAUACUAAAACUGCAGAAAGAACAUUUAUUUGAGGAGAUGCAGGAAGACCAACAAAGUAAGAAUGACAGCACGUUUUACUUUAUUCUUUCUGCCCACUAGCUGCUGCGUUAUCACAUGAAUGUAAAAAUUUUGUAAGCAAGUAUUCUUCUGUUAGCAGGACAGAUCUUUUCAUUAACGGUUUGAUAUUUCAAACUAAGCAUUUCUUAAUACAAAUAUUAUCACAGCAAAUUGUGAUCUAUGAGUUAAAUGGGGCAAAACUUGAUUACUAGAAAGAAGGAAUAUGUGUCUUAAAAUUGUCAGGUAUUUAGAUACAAAUUCUUAAUUGGUUAAGAGAGUAACAGCUGUUUAGAAUUUGCUGCCUUUCACUGGGGAAUUUCAAUGGCAACACAAAAUUCACUACUGUGCAUUUAUCUUAGACUUUAUAUCAAUUAGGGGGGUGAUUUCCACAAAAAACAGGAAUUGCAUUAAUCAAGAAACUGCAUUUCUUUUUCAGACACAGGAAAUGGUGAACAGCUAUAUGAAUGUCCAAUGUGCAGUCUUACCUGUACAAACAUUCAGAUUCUUGAAGAUCAUGUGGAUUUACACUUAGAGGAACAAAACUUUUCGGAAGGUGGAAACAUAAGAGAUCUAGAACUGGCUCAGCGACUCCAAACUGAAGAAGAUAAAUGGCAGAGAUCAGAAGAAGAGAAGCGAGAGAGGGAAGAAUUUAAAAAGCUGCAAAGACAGUAUGGCUUGGAUAAUUCUGGAGGCUACAAGCAGCAAUUCCUAAAGAAUAUGGAAAGGGAAGUUGAUAGAGGAAGGAUGCAGCCUUUUGACUAUCACAAGAGAAAAGCUGACAUGAUGGAAUGUUUGGCUUUCGGUAUAGAUGAUGGGAAAACGAAGACCUCAGGAGUCAUUGAAGCAUUGUGCAAGUACUAUCAGGACGAAAACAAAGACGUGAGGCAUGUAUGGCUUUCAACAGGAGUAGAUCACUUCCACUCAUCUUUGGGCGACCGAGGCUGGGGUUGCGGUUACAGGAAUUUCCAAAUGCUCCUUUCCUCACUGUUGCAAAACAGCUUGUAUAAUGACUGCUUGAGAGAUACUACGCUAAUUCCUAGUAUACCAAAGAUUCAGUCCAUGAUUGAAGAUGCCUGGAGAGAAGGCUUUGAUCCUCAUGGGGCAUCUCACUUCAACAACAGAUUACACGGUUCCAAAGCAUGGAUAGGAGCAUGUGAAAUUUAUUCGCUGUUAACCAGUCUCAGGAUAAAGUGUCAAAUCAUUGACUUUCACAAACCAACUGGCCCUAUGGGUACACACCCUCGUUUAUUUGAGUGGGUUUUGCGUUACUAUUCUACAGAUAAUGAAGGUGGUGCAAAGGUAGCGUGUACUUCCAAACCACCUAUCUACUUGCAACAUCAAGGUCAUAGUCGUACUGUUGUUGGAAUAGAAGAGAAGAAGAAUAAAACCUUAUGUUUGCUACUGUUUGACCCGGGAUGUCCUGCCCAAGAAAUGCAGAAACUGCUAAAACAAAACAGUGAUGGUACUAGUCUCAAACUACUUCGGAAAUUUGUGGGUAGCUUAAAAGAAAAGCAAUACCAGAUCGUGGCUGUAGACGGUGUACUCUCAUUGGAAGAAAAAGCUGCUUGCUGCCAUGCUUCUCAGGUCUUAACAUCAGAGAAGAUUCCUUAAAGGAUGCCUUUAUUACCUCUUUUGGAAUCUGCUGGAUGCAAAACAGUAAACUUCUGGACUGUGACCCUAACUCAACAAUUUCUAGACUUAAAACUAUGUCUCUAUAAAUGUUUGGGGGCUCUGGAGAAGCACAAUACUAGAGUAAGCCUGCAGUUUUGGUCUUCAGUCAGAACUCUACCCUCCUGAUGAAUCUGUAACUCUGAGGUAUCACAGUUCUUGUUUUACUAGAAAAUUUGCUAUUUUCUUAGUUGCUUAAAUCACAAAGCAACACCUACCAUCCCGUAGCAAACUAUGCAGCAUAGUUAACCGUCAGUAAGCAGUAGAUAGAGAUACUGUGGAACUAGUUUACUGGAGUGCCUCUGUAAAUACAUUUAUGCUGACUCUGGCCAGUGCUCUAUUUCUUACCAGAUUUGAUCAACAAAUAUCUAUCACGCCUCAGCAAAUUCUCCUGCAACUAUUCGCAAAGUACAGAGACAGUUCAGUGAUUUCACGUGAUACAGUCUGUUCCACUAGGGAUUAGUUUACUACUGAACUUCUUUUCAGUUAGCUGGCUUCUCUCAAUGUAUCACUUGUAAACGUGAACAUGUGUGCUUAUGAAGUGGAUCAGUAUUAGCAUUGGCUGUGAGGUCUAAGAUAGUGGUGUCCAAAGUGGGGUGCGUGUGCUCUAAGGGCUACGCAAUUGGGGUAGAGGAAGAAAAUACUUCUUUUGU